AUGUUUUAUUCAGGUCGUCCAUUGGUGUCUUUUGAAGGAAAAAACCGGAACUUAAACAUAGAUAUCGAGCUAGGCUGCUCUUCGGACCUCAAAAAGGAUUUAGAAAUAAGGUUGACAGAUGAUGAUGACUUUUAUUUUCUUUAUUCCAUUAGAAUUACAGUUGAUGAGUUUACCGAUUACUUACAAGCUGAAUGGAAUACACGCAGAUCAGCCCAAGAUGGUGUUCUCCGCUUCGAUAAGGAUACAAUUCGAGGUUUUAGUCCUCGAGUGCCUGUUCAGAGUAACCUGGUUGAUUGUGGAAUCUACCUACUUCAUUACGUGGAAAUGUUUUUCAAGAAACCUGUUCAAAGUUAUACGAAAGAUUAUUUCCAACACGAAAUGGCUGGUUGGUUCCCAGAAGCUACUGUCAGUAAGAAGCGUGCCCAAAUUCAUGACCUUUUGGUUAACCUACGAGAGCGUAAUCUGAGGGAGAAGGCUAAAAACUGA